AUGCUCGUCUCGUCUUUGCAACCCGUUUGUGUUCCUUGCGGGCUUUUUGAGAAGCAGAGGCAUGGCCGACAAUGGUCAUUGGUGCGUGCAUUGAGGCUGGCAUCCGCGGCAUCUGGUGACGUCUCGGUGGCGGCUCUCGACGGUUUUCCACGCGCCACAAAAGUUGGCAUGAGGCCGUCUGUCGGCUUGAUUGAGGAGCGUCUUGUGAAAGGAAAGGGCAGUACGGGCACCGCGGCGCCGACAAACAGUAGGACAGCAGGAUGGCGUGUGGCAGGCAAGCAAGCGACAGAGCACAACCACAACAACAUGCAUCGAAUGCCAAGCAGCCAGGACGUUGUGGUGACCUGGUCCCUGGCCCCUGUCGGCGACUCGAAGCACGUCACAAUGUUCUCUGGGGCCGAAGCCAGCGGCCAUUUUGCCCAAAGUUUAUACACAGAACUUACGGAGUACUCUGGUGACGGAGUGGCGGUGGCGACAACCUCGCCGGUUCGGGCCCGUCAUCAUCCGUGGUUGCCAUUGCGCCCCGUGCUGGAACCCAUUAACAAAGUACGUGCGUACCGACUUGGUAAGCUGUCGAGGGCCCAUGAUCAGACGAAGACCUCUGCGCAACUUGACGGUUGGGUGAGACGGGGCGCUCGACGCUUUGCAAAUCUCGUGAACAAGGACAAACAACGGAGCGGUCGUCGGCAGUGUCUUCACUCUCGUCUGUUGCCUGCUACACUGGAUUGUGUGACUUGUUUGCCGGCGCCCCUGCGAGCGAGACCUGCUGCUGGCCCCUGCUGGCCCGGCCCAGCCUUGCAGACCGUGCCAUGUUUCAAAGUUUGCUUGUGGGAGAGAGGCCUAUACGACGUACUGGAAACCGAAGUCGUACAAAAACGACGACGUGGUACCGCCGGAAUCUGCAUGUACGGAGCAUGUUGCAUGUGCCGAAUCGUGGGCGGUUCUUGGCCAGCGACGCCUUUUAAUUGCGGGUUUCUCAUGGAGUACAGAGUAGGGAGUAUGCACACUUGA